CACGGGACUAACGGGCGGAUAUUUUCAAAAUGGAAGAAAUGGCAAAGUUUUGGAGGGCAACACGAGAACAACAUCUAUUUGCCCUUUAAAAGGCUCAAUUAACGAAUAUCGAUGGCUCAAUCGAUCGAUUUAUUUUUUAAACUCACCUUCAUGCAUCUGCGAGACGCAAAGCGGGCACGAUGAGUGUUUCUAUCGGCGAUAAGAUUGAGGAUUUCAAGGUCCUCACCCUCCUUGGCAAAGGCUCCUUUGCAUGUGUUUACCGUGCAAAAUCAGUGAACACUGGUCUGGAGGUUGCUAUCAAAACGAUUGACAAAAAAGCAAUGCACAAAGCUGGUAUGGUCCAGCGUGUGACAAACGAGGUUGAGAUUCAGUGCCGAUUGAAACAUCCUUCAAUACUUGAGCUGUACAACUACUUUGAGGACAGCAACUAUGUUUACCUGGUGUUGGAGAUGUGCCACAACGGAGAGAUGAGUCGGUACCUUAAAGAGAGAAAGAUGCCUUUCUCUGAGGAUGAAGCAAGACAUUUUAUGCAUCAAAUAGUGAAAGGAAUGCUGUAUCUUCACACCCAUGGCAUCCUGCAUCGAGAUCUGACCUUGUCCAACCUUUUGCUUACGAGCAACAUGAACAUAAAGAUCGCAGACUUUGGCCUUGCCACUCAGCUCAAACUCCCGACUGAAAAGCACUUCACCAUGUGCGGGACACCCAACUACAUCUCCCCAGAGGUGGCCACUCGCAGCGCCCACGGCCUGGAAUCGGACGUGUGGUCACUCGGGUGCAUGUUCUACGCCUUCCUGAUGGGUCGACCCCCUUUUGACACAGACACAGUGAAGCACACCCUGUCUAAAGUGGUUCUUGGGGAAUAUGACAUGCCCAGCCAUGUUUCUCUGGAGGCUCAGGAUCUGAUCCAUCAGCUGCUGCAGAAAGACCCUGCACAUCGACCCAGCCUCUCUGCGGUGCUGGACCACCCGUUUAUGACCCACAGCCUGCUGGUCAGGGCAAAGGAGCUGGGCCACGGGGACGAAGGAUCCAUGGACAGUGGCAUUGCCACCAUCUCCACAGCUUGCACCUCCUCCACCUCAGCCAGCAGCAACAGCAGGCUCCAGAGGAGAACCAGGAACGUGAUUGGAUCUACUCUGCCUAACCGCAUGGCACCCAUUUCUAGUCUUCCACGGCAACCAAUUGGGGACUGUUUUGAGGAAGGGGACCAGUGGCAGCAGCAUCCGGCGGACAGAUUUCACAGAGACGGCAGGGGCAGAGGAGGUCAUGGUGGGGGGACAGGACAACCUCAUUCACGCUACCUUAGGAGAGCGCACUCCUCAGACCGCUCCAGUUCUUCUGCUUCUGGCCACAUGUUGAGUUACACUGAGCUGGGGAGAUGCCACUCAGAGGAGAUGCUGAGUAGUUCAGCAGGACCAGUAUUCCUCAUGUCCUCUGCUCAGCACCCAUUAUCCGAGCGAGGGAGGCUCCCAUCUCCUCCUGUCAAACAGUCAGCAAAUUCAGGGUAUUCGUUAUCCAUGCAGGCUGUACAUCCACCAAGCCUUCAAUUUCAAAAUCUGGAGGGCGUUACAAAUUGGCUUAAUAAUGACGGCUCUGGGCACAGGCCCGCAGACAGCAGCACCCACAGCAGCAGCGGCAGCUUCCACAGCAGCAAAGGACCUGUAGGUGUUCACAACUCUUGGUCAGACAAGCCCACGGGCCGAGGUGCAAACCCUCAGCACAACCAACAUCACAUGCAUCACAACCUCCCUUCCAACUGUGACUCGUACCGAGAAAAUGUACCCGGAGCAGAGUUCCAGCCUCCUCACGGCAGAGAGUCAAAGCUCUCCUCGGCCAAGCCAAGCGUGGAUAAAGUGACGAAAACGCUGAAAGACAUUGUCCUGCCUCUGUGUGCAGCCAGACUCAAGCCUAUCAGACAGAAGACAAAGAAUGCUGUUGUUAGCAUUCUGGACACUGGUGAAGUCUGUAUGGAAUUAUUAAAAUGCCAGAGUGGUCAGGAACGGGUCAAAGAAGUCCUUCGGAUUUCCUGUGAUGGUUCAAUGGUGACAAUAUACCAGCCUAACAGUGGAAAGGGGUUUCCGGUCUUGGAUUGUCCACCUGCUCCUCCAGAGGAUAUUCUCAUUUGUAGCUACGAGGAUCUUCCAGAAAAAUACUGGAAGAAGUACCAAUACGCCUCUAAGUUUGUGCAGCUGGUGAAAUCCAAGACUCCAAAAGUGACACUUUACACCAAACAUGGAAAGGUCAUGCUGAUGGAGAACUGUCCCAACGCAGACCUGGAGGUUUGCUUCUACGAUGGAGCAAAGACCCACAAGACAUCGGAGCUGUUGCGAGUGGUGGAGAAGGGCGGGAAGUCGUACACAGUGAAGGGAGAGGUCGGGCUGAGCGGCCUGAGUCCAGAGAGCCGGCUGUACGUGGAGCUGUCUGACCAAGGACACAGCAUGUGUCUGUCUCUGGAGGCCGCCAUCGCUGCAGAGGAGCAGCGCAGCACCAAGAACGUCCCUUUUUUCCCGAUAACAAUUGGCAGGAGACCUGUCCACUCUGACUCCCCGUGCUCAUUAUCCCUGCCGACACACCCGCCAACUGCUGAUACAGCUUCACCUCCUCAACCUCCACAAAUCACUCCUUCAAUGAUCUCUUAUGAUGGCUCGGAUUUUACCACAGCCAGCUUGAGUAAGAAAAGCUCCCCGGUGCGGCAGGAACUGGCUAAGAACACAGGAAAAGUGAUCAAGUCGAUAUUUGUGCCCAAUGUCGGGUGGGCAUCACAGCUGACGAGUGGAGAGGUGUGGGUGCAGUUCAAUGACGGCUCUCAGCUGGUGGUUCAGGCGGGAGUGUCCUGCAUCACUUACACAUCUCCAGAGGGGAGGAUCACCAGGUAUAAGGAGAAUGAAAAGUUGCCAGAACAUGUCAAGGAGAAGCUGCACUGUCUGUCCACAAUACUCGGACUGUUGGCCAACCCGACAGCACAUCAACUACAACCUCAUCAACACACUUAAUAGAUUAAAAAACAACUCGUAGCAUUAGAAGUCUUUAUAACAUGUUUUGUCCGGUGCUCUUGUAAAUACAUAUGUGUUGUGUGUUUUUUUUUUUUUACAUGUACAGAAGACUAAGAUUAUGAAAAGAUAUAUUUUUAUGUAAAAAAAAAAAAAACCAAAAACAAUUUGUAAAGAGUCUGGCCUUGUUGGAAACAUUUGUGUCGUGUGUGUCAUUGUAAGUGAGUCUACACUUCCAUGAAAUGUGUGAAACUGAGACAAUAAACAUCUGGAGGCCGGAUGGAGGAAUUCUG